AGCCGUCUGUUUGACUGUGAUUCGUUGCCAUUCACCCUAAUUGGAUCAAGUACGAACUUGCUUAGCUGUGUGCUUUGUGUUCAGACUGGUAGCAGCCUGAGAAGAGUGCGUGGACAAUACCUCAGAGUAGGAGAGCCCUUGUAGAGAGAGGUAGAGGGUGAGAGAGAGAGAGCGAGGAGUGUAGUGGUGAGGAGGAAAAGGGGAGUGUCCUGAAUUGUCUCUCCUUCCGCGAUGUACGAGUGUGUUUCUCUCUUCACUAAUUAUCUGUUUCUCCGGCGCUGCUGAGAGGAAGGGCACCUGCUGCUCCCUGAUGAUUCAGCCCCACUAGGCUACUGCUUGAGCAGACAAACAGACCGACAGACAGACAGACGGCAUGUUGCUCCUGCCACUGCAGUGCCGGUCUGCUCUGUCCCAUCUGUAGCCGCAUCCUGCCAAUAGCGUUCACACAGCAGCCGGCUCCACUCUUCAAGUCCUCAGGUGAGUGAGCGCACUACUCGUCCUGCCCAGGGAACUGAACCACGCAAGAGAUCUAAGGGAAGAAACCACUUUUGUUGUAGCUCAGAAUUUGAUGUUUCUAUUUCUGGACUUGUUUUCGUGUGUACACGUUUCCCGUGAGAAUGCUGUGAUAGCAAACCUGCAAAGACAAUCUCUUUCCCCCGGUACGGAAGUCUUGUCGGCUUACUUCCCAGACGUUAACAAGGUUACCCCACACUGCUGUGAAAAGCAUCCUCCAUCUCCCACCAACCCCCACCACUGUGAUCUGAUAAUGGACAACACACUUUACGAUACCAGCCAGCUGCCGUGCUCUUUGAGUUGAGUACAGGCGUCCAGAGAUCCUUCGGCGUGAGAGGGGGAGAGAGAGAGAGCGAGAGAGAGAGAGAGCACGAGGGAGGAUGACUGAAGGAGUGGAGGCGGUGGACUCCUCCGCCGGGCUGGUCGUCCUUCCCAAAUCAUCAUCAUCAUCAUCAUCCCCCACCCUCUCCUGCGCCGAUCCAGGACAAGCCCCAGAGGAGGCGGAGUCUGCAGCAGGUGGUGAGGGUGGGGAGGAGGGUGUCGAUGGAGAACCAGCAAGGCCCCUGGGAUUCUUGGGCUUGGCAGGGACCUGCUGUGUGUGCUUAGAGAUGGAACAGGUGCGUGGUUGCCUGCGCUCAGAGAAAAUCUGCAUCCUUCCUAUCCUGGCCUGCCUGCUCAGUCUAGCUCUCUGCACCGCCGGCCUCAAGUGGGUCUUUGUGGACAAAAUCUUUGAGUACGAGCCGCCCACCCACCUGGGCCCAGAUCGCAGAGGACAAGACCCCAUCUAUGCUGACCCCACAAGGGAUCUGCCAUUGUCAUUUCCCCACCCCUCCCCCGUCCCCACGCCGACAACCACCACCACAGGACAGCCUGAGGUCAUAGUAGAGGGAAAACCCACCGGAGUGACUCAGUACACCCCUACCUCUGCAUUGAGGUACCGCACGGGCCCGCCCACGCAGCCUGGGCCCUCUACCACCCUAAAACCAAUGAGCAAGGGAAAACCAACCUACUCCCAAACUACUGUGGAAUCUAAUGACAUUAUUGUCCCGAAGUUCUCUGUCACCAGCACCACCCCUGCGGUGAAGACCUCCAGUCAUGUGACGGCCUGCAGCGACAGCGAGAAGAACUACUGCGUGAACGGAGGGGAGUGCUUCACCCUGGAGGUCACCCCCGGCAGCACCAAGUUCCUCUGCAGGUGUCCAAAUGAAUUUACUGGUGAUCGCUGCCAAAACUACGUAAUGGCCAGUUUCUACAAACAUCUUGGGAUUGAAUUUAUGGAAGCAGAGGAGCUGUAUCAGAAACGUGUAUUAACAAUAACAGGAAUCUGCAUUGCACUCCUAGUGGUUGGAAUCAUGUGUGUGGUUGCCUACUGCAAAACAAAAAAGCAGAGGAAAAAGCUUCAUGAUCGUCUGAGGCAGAGCCUACGAAAUGAGAGAAACACCAUUAUGGCUAAUGGCCCUCAGAUUUCUAACCCUCCCCUUGAAAACGUCCAGCUUGUCAAUCAAUUUGUGUCUAAAAAUGCAUUGCCUGCGCAGCAUGUAAUCGAGAAGGAAACGGAAACAUCCUUCUCGACGAGCCUGUACACAUCAUCAGCACAUCAGUCCACAACGGUCACCCACACCUCCAGUCAAAGCUGGAGUAACGGCCACAGCGAGAGUGCCCUCUCCGACAGCCGCUCUGUCUUGGUGAAGUCAUCGGGAGAGAACAGCCGUCACGCCACACCCAGCCACCGGGGUCGUCUGAACGCCACAGGUGGCGCCAGAGACCUGAGUGCCUACCUAAAGAACUCUGGAGACACGCCAGACUCCUACAGGGACUCUCCGUACAGUGAGAGGUAUGUGUCAGCGAUGACCACCCCAACCCGCCUGUCUCCUGUGGAGCUGCUCUCUCCCGUGACCCCGGGUUCCCCUCCCUCUGAGAUGUCGGCCCCCUUGUCCAGCCUGGCCACCUCGGUCCCCUCUGUGGCCGUCAGCCCCUCUGGCGAGGAGGAGCGCCCCCUGCUGUUCACCACCCAGCCGCACCCCGACCACCACAUCAGUCAGUCUAAGAGGAAGUCUGCCCACUACAACCACGGCCAAGAGGCCCACAGCCCCCCGCCCAGCCCGCUGAGGAUCGUUGAGGACGACGACUAUGAGACCACGCAGGAGUAUGAGGUGGUCGGCUCCGCCACAACGGUAACGCCCAUUCCCCCGCAGAGCCUUCCUAAGAAACUUGCCAAGAACAGCAACGGCCGUCGGGCCAAUAGAACAAAGCCCAAUGGCCAUGCAGCAGGCCACAACAAGGAGUCCAUCAACCUAGGUAGCAGUACGGAGAGCGAGAUGGAGGAGGAGCGUGUGGGAGAGGACACACCCUUCCUGAGCUUCCAGAACCCCAUGGCUAUAAGUGUGGAACCUCUCGCAGAUGGCAGCAGGACUAACCUAGCACUCCGACUCUCCCCACAGGACAACCUGCAAGCCAGGAUAUCCAGCGUCAUCUCCAACCAAGAUCCAAUUGCUGUAUAAAAUGAAAAAGAUAGCUUAGAAAAAUACUUCAGUCAGAUUCAAAGAAAUGUCACUAUUAAACCUUUAUUUUCUAUAACUUAAAGUAUUUGCGGGGAAAAUAAUAAAAAAAGAUAUAUAUAAAUAAAUAAACGUAUUUUAGCGAAGUAGUGAAUAAAGUCUUUUAUAAAUAAAAAAAUGUGUACGUGUUCAUGUCAUGGAAGAAAGUGGAAUAAACUAGUAUGUAGCAAUGGUUCGCAGUAUUUCAAUGGAGAAAAAUAUCAAUGGUGCCUUUCAUUUCCGUUUGGUGUGCUUAUGGGAACUGCAUGCCUCUGGCCCAUAUAUUCACGACUUUCAUCUCCCUGUUGACAUUUCUACUCCACUCUGAAAACAAACAUAUCCACCAGCACUAUAGUAUGCAUUUACUAUAAUGCCCUGUAUGAACUGGCUCCUAACCCUAAGCUCCAUACGGUGGCGUUGCUUAUGUGUUCAUGGGCAUGUCGUUUUCACCUCAUUUACAGUAAUGCAGUCCUAACCUACUAACAGAGGUGCAUACAACAAAGUAUUUAUCUAGCUAACACAACACCCAAAUAUUAUUAGACAGGUUUUCAAGAUUUUCCCACUCACCUUUUGGUUGAUUUUAAAUGGUAAAAUAACAUUUGAAUUGAUUUUUUUUUUAAAUGCUUUUCUUGGACCAUUAGCUAUCAUAAUAAUAUAUUGGUUACCAAGGCAAUCAGCUAGGAAGAAUGUUGAAUGUGUAAUCUGAUUAACUUGUAUCAAUACAUUGAUACUAGAAGCAUGAAUGAAGUCAAAGUUGAUUUGGAUAUUAUUUUCAUAUAAUUGGGUAACUGUUAGAUGUAGUCUCGGGACAUGUGAUACAUCCCAUUAUUGAAUGAAUGCUCUAUAUCUAUCCUCUAUAUAUUGCGUUCUAUAUAAUGGAACACAUUUUCUUCUAAAGCCAGAUGGUCAGAUGAGAAGUAACUUAUGUAUUUAGUCAUCUCUGGUUAAGCAAUACUCUUAAGAUUCUUGCUCCCAAUAUCAUGAUUUGCAAGUCCAAAUUGUGGAGAUAUGUACCAAAUGAAUGAUUGUGGAGAUAUGUACCAAAUGAAUGAUUGUGGAGAUAUGUACCGAAUGAAUGAUUUGUGGAGAUAUGUACUGAAUGAAUGAUUGAAUAUAUGGCUCACAUGUUCAGUCUUUCAACAACACACCCGUGGGUUCCUAAGUAAUGCAUUGUGGGGAUCAAAGCUGAAGCACCAUUUUGAAAUAAGGUAGAUAGCGAGAGCCUUUUCAUUUGUUUCAACUGUGUUUUAGUACAUUAGUCAACCUCAGAUUUUUUUUGUCCUUCCAAACAUUCAUGUAAAAUGUUACAUUAUCCAAAGUGUUCCUUUGUGUUCAUAUAGUGCAUAUUUGUUUUCAACUGUCUGACUUUGUGUUAGUACGUAAAGUUAUCUGUGUAAUAUUAUCGACAUUAUCGCCUAUUUUAUUAUAUAGUAAGUUAUAUCCCAAGGAUACGUUCAGGAGUCAUGUUAGACAUGAACCACAUGAAAUAUGGUUCCAUGAGAAGUCGUACCCUGUCGAAGACACCAAUAAUUUAUCACUAGAAUGAAUAACUAGACACGUUUUCUUUACUACUUUUCGGGCUUCAUAACCAAACCGUUAAGAUUCAGUGUUUCCGAAAGGUAAUUUCAUCAAAACAAUCUACUCUAAUGCCAAUCUGAUUGUUGCCAGCAUUGGCAUGACACUGGUAUAAAGGCUUUUUUUGGCCCUAAAUUGCACCGUUUCUAAUGAUGUCCCAAUCUGAAAUUUAUCAACUUUUUUUUUGUAUUUAUAUUAUUUAUUUAUUUAUUGUUUAUUUAUUUUGUGGGCCUUAUGUUAUCUUUUAAUUACAGAUUCUAUAUUUUAAUCAGUGUUUUAUAUAUUUGGUUGGUAUAUAUUUGAAAAGAUCGGAACUUUUAUCUUUUAUAAGCAUGUGUUUGCCUUUUAUAUAUUUUGACUUCAUUAUGGGGUCAAAUCUCUCUUUGCCUCUUAGCAUUGAUAACCGCUUUGUUAUUCAACAUAUAAAAAUAUUAAAAUCUAAAAAGGCACAAGUACUUUGAGUGUACACUGAUUAGCUGUGUGGAUAGAAACCAGAACUAAAUCUCCUGUCAAUCUCGGCUUUACAUACCCCAUGAUGCAUUGCUUCCAAACCAAGGUGUCUUUCGAUUUUAUGUAAAUACACCAUGAAAACCUUGAGUACUUUUUUUUUUUUUAAUUAAAAUAUUAAACCAAUGUUUUGUGUUUGUUUGAGGGCCACCACCUCAAAGCAUUUGUCUCUGUCCUAAACAUUUUCCAUAACCAUACAUAUUAUGCUAAACUUUUUUUUGUAGUGAUUGUCUCCGUACCAAUUGUUUCAUAAACAUGACUGCAGUUGUACACGUAUGUAAGAGCAGCACACUAACUUGGUUGUUAAAAUAAAGGCCAAAACUGA